GGAAAACCACUGUCUGAACGUUUCCGCCAGACCACCCACGAAUCUUUCUUUCUCGAUUGGACUUUGGAAUCUUCAAAAACAAACAGCUAUUUCUUUAUUCGCGGCGCAUUAGGGUUUCGUGUCACUUUCGUCAUCUUCCCAUCUCAGCCAAGCCCUAGGACGAGAAGGAAAAAUGGUGCUGAAAGAUGAGAAUCGCAGCAACGACGGCGAGCAGCCUCUGGACCUGUUCUUGAAGAUCGGCUUGGACGAGCGAACCGCCAAGAACACCGUCGCCAACAACAAGGUCACGGCCAAUCUCACUGACGUCAUUCAUGAGGCAGCUGUAACUGAUGGCUGUGAUCGGACUAUUGGAAAUCUUCUUUACACAGUUGCUACAAAGUUCCCUGCAAAUGCCCUUGUGCAUCGGCCAACACUGCUGCAAUAUAUAGUCUCAUCAAAGAUUAAAACUCCUGCCCAGCUAGAAGCUGCCUUUUCUUUUUUUGCCACCACUGGCUCAGAGAAUUUUAAGAUCAAUGAGUUUGAAGAGGCUUGUGGUGUUGGAGUGGAGGUCUCCAUAGAAGAUGUUGAGCGCAUUGUUGCUGAGCUUUUUGAAGAGCAGAAGAAUGUAAUUCUAGAGCUACGCUAUCGAACAAAUGUAGGAGAGCUAUUUGGUCAUGUGCGAAAGAGGCAGCCUUGGGCUGAUCCAAAGAUUGUUAAGAAACUCAUAGACACAAACUUAUAUUCUUUGCUUGGUGAAAGGACUGCUGCUGAUGAUGAAAAGCCUAAAAAGAAGAAAGAGAAGCCUGUUAAGAUUGAGGAGCAUAGCAUUCCUGUGGAUGCACCGCCAAAGCCAUCUGAGGAAGAGCUCAAUCCAUUUUCCAUAUUCCCUUCACCAGAGGAAAAUUACAAGGUGCAUACUGAAGUAUUUUUCAGUGAUCGCCCUGUGCUGAGAGCUUGCAAUUCAAGGGAAAUACUUGAAAAACAUUUAAAAGCAACCGGAGGGAAAGUAUUUACACGCUUUCCACCGGAGCCAAAUGGGUAUCUACACAUUGGUCAUGCCAAGGCUAUGUUUAUUGAUUUUGGUCUAGCAAAAGAAAGAGGUGGAUGCUGCUACCUAAGGUAUGAUGAUACAAAUCCUGAGGCUGAAAAGAAAGAGUAUAUUGAUCAUAUAGAGGAGAUUGUAAGUUGGAUGGGCUGGAAACCUUUCAAGAUAACUUAUACAAGCGAUUAUUUCCAAGACCUUUAUGAACUUGCUGUGGAGCUAAUACGAAGGGGCCAUGCAUAUGUUGACCACCAGACACCUGAAGAAAUAAAAGAGUAUAGGGAAAAAAAGAUGAACAGUCCUUGGAGGGACAGACCAAUUGCAGAAUCAUUGAAACUUUUUGAUGACAUGAAACGAGGCAUGAUUGAAGAAGGCAAAGCAACACUGAGAAUGAAGCAGGACAUGCAAAGUGAUAAUUAUAAUAUGUAUGACCUCAUUGCAUAUCGUAUCAAGUUUACUCCUCAUCCACAUGCAGGGGACAAAUGGUGUAUCUAUCCAAGUUAUGAUUAUGCCCAUUGUAUAGUGGAUUCUCUUGAGAAUAUUACCCAUUCGCUUUGUACACUUGAAUUUGAGACCCGCCGAGCUUCAUAUUACUGGUUACUGGAUGCAUUGGGCCUGUACCAACCUUAUGUAUGGGAAUACUCACGCUUAAAUGUCACUAACACUGUGAUGUCAAAACGCAAGUUGAACCGUCUUGUAACAGCAAAAUGGGUUGAUGGUUGGGAUGAUCCUCGCCUAAUGACAUUAGCUGGACUGCGACGUAGAGGUGUAACUUCAACUUCAAUUAAUGCCUUCGUCAAAGGAAUUGGAAUUACUAGAAGUGAUUCUAGUAUUAUACAGUUGGACCGUCUUGAGUACCACAUAAGAGAAGAACUAAACAAAGAAGCACCUCGCACCUUGGUUGUGCUACAUCCACUCAAGGUGGUUAUUACCAACCUGGAAGCUGGCUCUGUGAUGGAUCUUGAUGCAAAGAAGUGGCCCGAUGCUCAAAUAGAUCAGUCUUCUGUUUAUAAGGUCCCCUUUUCUAAUGUUGUGUACAUUGAGCACUCUGAUUUUCGGAUGAAAGACUCUAAAGAUUACUAUGGGCUUGCUCCUGGAAAAUCUGUCUUGCUGAGGUAUGCUUUUCCUAUAAAGUGCACGGAUGUAGUUAUUGAUGAUGAUAAAGAGACCAUUCUUGAAGUUCGGGCUGAAUAUGAUCCACUCAAGAAGUCAAAGCCAAAGGGGGUCCUUCAUUGGGUUGCUGAAACUUCUCCAGGGGUUGAUCCUUUGAAGGUGGAAGUCCGAUUGUUUGACAGACUGUUCCUUUCUGAGAAUCCUGCUGAACUUGAUGACUGGCUUGGUGAUUUGAACCCUGAGUCGAAAGUAGUGAUAAAAGGCGCAUAUUCUGUACCUUCCCUUAAAGAUGCAGCGGUUGGAGACAGAUUUCAGUUUGAAAGGCUUGGUUAUUUUGUGGUUGAUAAGGACAGCACUACUGAAAAGCUCAUCUUCAAUCGGACAGUCACACUGCGCGAUAGCUACAAUAAGGCUGGGAAGUAGGCAGAUUGUGGACAAAAUUAUUCUCUGUCAUGCAGCAGAUUCGAGAUUUUCAUUUCGGAUUAUGGUAUUCGUGUACUGAAUUUCCAUAGACUUGCCAAAAGAGCAUAUUUACAUCACCGACAAACUUUGUACAUCAUAUUCGUUGGAACGUGCACAAGAUAAUUGCAAUAGCAGUUUUAACAAUUUUCCUGUUUU